AUGGCUGAUCCAAUCGCAAUGUCUCGAGAUGAAUUGGUCGCUGAGACGCCCUCAUCUCCCUCCACAUCUACAAACAACAAGAUUGAAGAAAUGGACGUUGUUUCGCCGGCAGAUACACCAAGGAGUAAACUCCAAAUUGCAGCUAUUCUGAUAGCUCUGAACGUAGCGGCCUUGGAUCAAACGAUCGUGUCAACGGCAUUGCCGACCAUCGCUUCGNAACUACACUCUGCGAGUGGCUAUACAUGGGUUGGCUCGGCAUACUUGCUAGCCAACGCUGCGGCCGCACCCAUUUGGGCCAAGUUGUCAGAUAUCUGGGGCAGAAAGCUCAUUCUACUGGGUNGUUUUUGGGUCAACCUUCCAAUCUCGGGAACAGCAUUCUUCCUGCUUCUUUUCUUCCUCGACGUUCACAAUCCAAGGACAAAGGUUGUUGAAGGCAUCAUGGCAAUCGACUUCCUGGGCAGUCUGUGUAUUCUCGGAUUGACCCUCAUGCUGCUUCUCGGCCUCGACUUUGGCGGUGUAAUCUUCCCCUGGUCAUCGCCGAAAGUCAUCUGCCUAAUCAUCUUCGGCGUCGUUAUGGGCGGUCUGUUCAUCUUGAGCGAAAAGAAAGUCGCUCGCUACCCUUUGAUGCCAUUGGGCGUAUUCAGCCAUCCCUCAAACGUCGCAGUCCUCGUCGUUACCUUCUGUCACGGCUUUGUAGCCGAAUACUUCCUCNCCCUCUACUUUCAAUCUGUCAAGCAAGCCUCCNCUAUCCACUCAGGAAUCUACAUUCUGCCCUUGACCCUCUGCGAAGCAUUCAUGGGCAUCAUGAGUGGCAUAAUCAUUCACAGAACCGGUCGAUACCAAGAGCUCAUCCGGGUCGGCAUGGCUCUCUGCACUCUCGGCAUGGGACUUUACAUCUACAUCGAUGCCUCUACACCUCUAGCCACUAUUCUAGGACUCCNNGAAGUGGUGGAAGGCUUGGGCGCGGGGAUGCUCUUCGAACCUCCACUUAUUUCCAUGCAAGCGCUGGUCAAACAAGACGAUGUAGCGACUGCAACGGCAACUUUGGGUUUCAUCCGCAACCUCGCGACUUCAAUGUCCAUCGUCAUCGCCGGCGUUGUGAUUCAGAACUCCAUGGCUUCGAGAUCUUCUGCUCUCGCUGCCGCUGGUCUCUCACCCAAACUUCUUUCCGAAUUCACCGGUGGAGAUGCAGCAGCAAACGUAGAGAUGAUCAAGGAUAUCGCGAAUGUGGGCCAGAGAAACGCAGUCAAAGAAGCCUUUGCAUUCAGUCUACAGAGGACAUGGAUCUUGAUGACGGCGGUGAGUGCCUUUGGGUUCGCGGCGAGCUUCUUCAUCGUGAGAAGCCAUUUGAGCAAGGAGCAUACCGAGACGAAGACGGGGAUCAAAGAGAAGGAGGCACCAUCCACUUCUUGA